UGAGGUUACUCAUGCAAACAUUCCUCUGAAACGCGCUUCAAGCCCCUCUAUAUAAGAAAGGAUGACAGGAGAGACAAGAAAGAAGAAACAAAGAGAAAAUUAGAGCAGGUACCGAGUAAAGAGGAGGUUGGAUUGAAAGCAUGAAUUCUUCUAGGAAGCGAAAGAAAGCAGCUCUGUAUGAACAACUUCGGGCUGCCACCAAUUCCACUGCUAUGAACAAAGCUUCAAUUAUAGUUGAUGCAUCCAAAUACAUCCAGGAGUUGAAGCAGAAAGUGGACACACUCAACCAAGACGUUGGAACUUCGCAAAAUUCAUCGUCACCUGCGGUUACUGUGGAAACCCUAGAAAGGGGUUUUCUUAUUAGUGUCUUGUCAGAAAAGAACUGCCCAGGUUUGCUCGUUUCCAUUCUAGAAGCCUUUGAAGACCUGGGCCUUGAUGUUCUCGAUGCUAGGGUUUCUUGUGCAGACAGUUUCCAACUGGAAGCGGUUGGAGGAGAAAACCAAGGAGAGGCUGAUAGCAUAGAUGCACAGGUGGUGAAACAAGCGGUGUUGCAAGCUAUUCAGAACUGGAGCCAGAGCAACUAGCAAGCUAGUGAGCAAAGAUUAAUUGUUCUCAGCGAUGCUAUCGCAUACUUGUAUCAUCUUUCUGUUUCGCCUACUUAGCUUUUACCCCUUUCUUUCUUUCUGCUUUGUCCUAGCUAGCUAAGCUGCUGGAACUGUUCAAGUCGAUCUUCUACAAUAAAUCAAAGCUAGCUAGACCUGAGCUGCUGAGUAGUACAAAAGUACAAAUAGCUCAAGCAGACAUUAGCAAUGAAAGAGAACGUACUAAACUGUUGAGAAAAAAUUACUACUGCUCCAUUUUCA